AUGCAGGCAUCCACUGUUGAAAAGACGACACUUGCAAGACCACAUCUGAGCACUGUCAAGGCAAAACAGCAGAAAGAAGCAAUAAAACCACGGAUUUUUUCCUUCACUUCCGAGGACCUGUAUAAUUAUCUGCACCAGAAGACUGGAAAUGUUGAGACGAUUAAUAUUGAAGAGUGUAAGAGCAAGAAACUGGAAGAAAACGGUACAGGAAUGGACAAGCCAUCCUCAUGUAGGUUGAUGUUGUUUUGUCCAGACAUGAUUGUUUGUUUGAAUUAUUAUUUACAGCUUGUUUGCUUUUUAAGAGGCCAGCGCCAAUUUCAGAAGAAAACUAUUCUGUUAACCUAGCUCUUUUCCAAAAUGACUAGUCGAGCGAUAUCCGUUUUGGCUGAAUCACUUCCAAACCCGAAAUAUGUCGACAACAAUAACAUACAAAAAAGUUUCUUAAUUUCGUUGUGGAUUUGUACGACCUAAAGCCUAAAUCAUAGGAAAUAUAAAGUGUAAAUUUAGAAGCGAAUGGUUCUCGGUAAGAAUUUGGACUUAAAAAAAACGUAACGAUUUUUUGGAGUGAAUAUAUAUAUAUAUAUAUAUAUAUAAAAUCGCUGAAGUUAGGAAGAAAUUAAAAUCUCAUUCUUUUUCUUCAGUUUGCAGGAUCUGUAACAAGAUUUACACAAUCCGCUGCCCUGUUCAUCCUCCUUCUAGCCAAUCAGAGCCGAGCGUUCCAGGGGACUUGAACAGCUACGCCAUGAAGUCGUUCCCAGAUGUAGUUCAGUUAUGUAAGUCCUGCAUUCCUGGCAAGAAAUAUGGAGUGUCCGCCAAACAACACAUACCGGUGGGAACGUGGAUUGGACCGUAUGAGGGGAAACGGAUUAAUCCAGAAGAUGUAAAACCCAAUAUGGACUCUUCCUACUUGUGGGAGGUACGAGACAAAAACGUAUAUAUAGUUUCAAGUUAGGUAUUGAGGAAAGUAUUUUUUUUUUUAAACCUGGAAGCUAAGCUUAAAAGCAGGAUUUCCAGGAUGUGCAGUUUUACGAUGAAUGAUUGAAUGGAAAGUACUUUGCUUUCUGCUCGUCAAUUUACUCGUCAGAUUACUUCUCCUCUCUUCAUCAACUAAUGUCGCAGGUUUACAUAGAAUUUAACCAUUCGAACACAGCAAACAGAAUAUGUAAAAAACUUUCCAUUGUGCUUGCGUUUCGAUGGAUGACUUAAAUUUGACAUUUCCUCAUUUUAGAUCUACAAAGAAGGCCAAAUUUUGUAUUAUCUCGAUGCAACGGACGAGAACUCGUCCAGCUGGAUGCGAUUCAUCAAAUGUGCCCGCCACAGAAGCGAGCAAAAUCUCUUCGCUUUCCAGUACUGUGACAACAUUUACUACCGAGCAUUCAGGGAUAUUCCUGUAGGAACAGAGCUGCUUGUAUGGUACGAAGAUAUCUACCCACAAUACUUUGGGAUUCCGAUGAGCAUUCAUGACUUGAAUUCAAUGGGUAAGUCCAGGUUUUCUCGACAUCUCUUUCAUACUCGUUGCCUCUAACAAGGACACAAACAGAAUGACACACAACUGGCUAUAUCGCCUUCGUUUCGAUAAUACCUUAAAUUAUUCCCACCUGUCGACGUUGGAAGAAAAAUUAUCUAAUUGACAGGGAAGUGAAUGGCUUAGACAAAAAUUAAUAACGAUUUUGGCAUUAAUAACAAGAAAUGUAAAACUUGUCAGGCACUUUUCCAAGUUCGACAGUGAUUCUAACUUUAGUGCACUUUACCCUUUAGGGUCCAGGCCUUACCCAGUAAUGGCAACGACUAACACAGAUGGACAUCAGGUCUUCCCCAUUCCUCCUCCGACAAUAACAGCGGCAAAACAGGCCUCUCCUCAAUUACAAACAUCUUCUAAUAGGAAUACACCACUUGACUCGCCUCCUACAAGAACUGCGCAGACUCCAAGGGCGACAGAAAGAGAGAUCCAUGUAAACAAACAGGCUCAAAAGGAAAACAUCAAGAGGAAACAUGAGGAAAGUAAUGGCAUCAACAAGAGGGCGAAAAUACAGAACAUGCCUAAGACUGACGGACCCAAGGAGAUGCUUAGAAAAUUGGAGGAAGCACGUCUCAAGGACCUUCAAGACAAGACGGAGUUGCCGUGUGAAUGGCCUCGUGUUGCUGAUGGGGAAUUCAUCUUGGAAAAUGGCGAGCCAAAGAUCUGGCAUUGUGGUCAAUGCGACAAGUCUUUCGCUCAGCGCAGCUUGCUUCAAAUGCACAUCUGUGCAAGGAAUCCAAACAGGCCUUACCAAUGUGGCCAUUGUUCGCAGGAGUUUGCGCAUCCAAACGAGCUGCGCACGCAUGCUGUCAUUCAUUCUGGGAAAAAACCAUUCAAGUGCGGAUUUUGCUCACGUACUUUCGCCGGAGCAACAACUCUUAACAAUCAUGUCCGAACACACACAGGAGAAAGGCCUUUUACCUGCAACAAGUGCUACAAAACAUUUUCACAAGCAUCGCAGCUCAGCAAGCACAAGAGAUCUCUUUACGAAUGUUUUCCCAGAGACAAGUAUUGAUUCAUAACACAUUCGUGUUGUUCGUAUUACACAACAUUCUGUACAGAGGAAACUCACACUAUAAAUGUACUUUUAGCAGCACCGUCUUUCAAGAUAUUAUAGUUAUUGACAUUACCUAAAGGUUAUGCUUACGCUACGAUUUUCGCCUUUCAUACACACCGGAAUAUAAAUAAUUCGCUUUUGCAGUCAGCACUCAUUUAUUAGUUCAUAAUUUUUUUUUAAAAUAUUACCUUUCCAAUUCUGUACAAAGACGAGCAAGUAAGUGAAACAAAGCCGAGGGAUUGAUUUUUUAGACAUCUAACUUCCUCGUAGGUUAAUUUACGAAAAUAAAUCUUUUUUUUUUCGGAGUCGCUUUUUAUUUUACUUAUUUCAUUGUCGCGAUGAGUUGUAUUCAAAAUACACCUGUACUUAAAAGUCCAAACCAGUUGUAUAGAAAAACAAAUCUAGUCUAUAUUUAGAUGCUUACUUAGCACUUCGUUAUCAUGAUGACUGGACUAAACAGAAAAACAAAACGCUUGAGGAUCAUAUUGAUGGAGAGGAAUAAGCGGACAUCAAGUUCAAAAAUAGAUAACAAAGCUAUAUUUCUUAUCUUUACUCACCUUAGUAAAUAAUUAUCUAAUAUACUUAUAAAAGUAAACAUUUAAGAUUAAGGCAACUACUUAAAAGCGUUCAACAUAUAUCUUUAUAGACUUCAUCUUGUAAAUAGUCAUCGACAUUUUGUACAUUUACCGAACCUUUCAAAAAGGUACACUCAGAAUUUAAGCCAUUCGUUUUAGUAAUGUGAAUUAAAAAGUCAAUUAUAAGUAAAUAAUUUCCAUGUUUUAUCAAAAGUUUUUAUUCGUCUUUAAUAUUUGGGGUGAUUAUUCGAUUACGUCACUUUGGCAAAUGAAUAUUAUAGGGGACCGCGGCAUUUGGUUUGGUGGUCUCCAUCCAACCCCACUAGUCUGUUACACUCAGCGAUAAGGUAUCAAUGCAACAUUAUCCCUUCACUUUUUCACUCACAUCUAAAAGCAAAUUCAGCCAACCGAUGAUCAUAAAUCUCUUUAUUGACACAUACUAAGAACUGGUGGUUAAUCCACUCAGUAUCUCUAAGUAAAAGAAAUGAGAAGACUCCCCUAAAAUUCUAGCAUUACUUAUCAUUGUUUUAACUUAAAAUUUGGCAAAAUUUUAUGAGAAGUUGGCCUUUUCAAUACGCUUACUUAGUAAACGCAGCACCAUAAUCGCGCUGAGCAGAAAAAGGGACAGAAGUUUGAGGAGGGUCGGGAACAGACUCAGUUCUUGUCUGCGUGCAAACGGCCAUCGCGCACCGUUAACUAACUGGAAGCCUGGAACAGGCUGACAAGGAGUUCAUUCUUGUCAUACAUGGAAUUCGGAAAUAAAAAAAAGUUCCAUGCAUGGAGAUGACUCGACGUAUAAACCAUUUGUUGUUCGUAGUCACGUAUUUUAAUCUGCAAAUGUGUCCAAUGAUAUCAGCCCGUUUUUAGGUAAAAAACAUCCAGAUAUUAAUAACUGGUUGAUUAUGAACUCACUAUUAAGUCAUCACCGUAAAUUUGAUAUUUUUAUGUUACACGAAAGUAAACAUAUAACAAAAUCUGCUCUGUCAGCGUGCGUGUUCAUCAUGUCAUUGCCUAAGAUACUAACAACCAACCUCGAGAAAGUUCGUCGUCCGAGACAGAUUUUGCUGAUUCACGCGCGACCAGAGAACAUGACCGAGUGAAAGAAUAUGUGAAGAAGGCUGUUUUAACUGUGACCCAAACUGCAAUUUUUCACUUUUAUCAUUUAAGAACGAGAGACUCUUUGAAAAAGGGCUGGGUAGCCUUGAUGUGCACCAGUGAUUGCUCAAUACUCAGAGUUUUACCUCCGCCGUCGAUAAUUCGAAGUUGAGUAUAAACCACGACAUUAAGGUAAGGAAAAAAACAAUGAAUAUAUAUCCUGCAUACGAUGACAUUCACCUGUUAUUUUCAUUCAUGUAUUUACAUUUCUAUGAACGAAAGAGAACUUCAGUUUAUAUGCUAAACUGGCCUUUUAUCAUUCAAUAGUCAAUUUGACAUAAUGCAACUUCAGUCAGUGUUCUUGCACUCUCUUACUCCUUCGCUUACGUUGUAUUAGACUUCAGAUUGGCUUGUGACAUUGCUUACAAGUCAUAGGAUAGCUGUUGGAGGGAACUCGACGGUAAAGAAAAUUUACUCUGGGUUUAAUUUGAAAACCGUCAAGGGUUCUGGUUAAAAGACGAGGGAAUCCAGGUUGGGUUCCCACCAAAUAUGUUGCGUCGCAAUGGCGGAGAAACUAACUUCUGAGAAGCUGACCCGCGCUAGUGAGAGGUAACAAGACUCUUUUUUAUACCAUUUUAUUUCUUCCUCUUCAUCGUAAAAGUUCUACAGUCAACUACCAUUACUAAAUCGUCUCUCUUGUAUAUGUCUCUAAGUACCGACUGUUGGCCAGCAUGUUUGGGUUAGGGGCGACUGACUUUAGGGAUUAAAUCUCUUGAUCAAAGCGCCAACCCGAAAAUACUUUCAAGACACUUGUAGAAAUAAACAACAAAGUGUUUGAUAUUCGCCAAAUAUAAUGCCCAUCUUUGAACAAUAAAACAAAAACAGGAACUUUGGCGUUGGUCCUAACCAAGCCGGUCGGUGGAAAAACCCAAACAUGACCACUAUCGGAAGUCAUUGUUCGAGAAACACGCUUCACAAACAACUCAAAGGUAAAAACAACGAGCUCUGUCUUACAGAAUUUCGUGCACAAGACUUACAUGAGGACCUCAGAAUAAUCAGUCAAACCUGAACAGUUGUAAAAAACUUACGAUAAAGUACAAAACACGACCAAUUCAGAAAGACAGAGAUCAGACAACUAGACAAAACAGACGACAAUCAGGAAACUCUCUGUGCGGGGUUCUUAGACUAUCCAAGAAUGGUAACCUUGAAAAACCUUGUACUUUGAUACUUCACAACAAUAACAUUUGCAACAAGUCGACACCUCAGAGCACGUCUCACCGUUUAACUCGCUCUCAGUCCGGACAACAGUUAAAAUAUAGAGUUAUUAUUGGUUUGUUAGACUGCAAUUUUCAGUUUUCCAUUAAGUAGUUCGGUUUUACCAGCCGAUUCAGCUUGAGCGCAAAUGAGCCCAACCCCAGAUUUAACACAGCACCAAGUCGCUGAAACCGGCCGAGGAAAUCAGUAAUAAGUUAGCGAAAACUCCCAAUAUGCUUAUGUCCUUCCUCGAGGGAAACUCAUAGUGUGUAUCACUCAGAGGGCUUUUCUUCCACUUUUACGACAAAAGCUGAUGACGGCUUUCAGGACGUUCGACAUGAUCACAACUAAGUUUUUGCUAAGUUUUUUUUUGUCGAAGGGAAAUGGCGUAGCAAAGCGCGUUAUGAAAGAAUUUAUUAACGUAGCCAGCUAUCUUUUAAAUAUUUAAUUAUCCAGUUAAAUAUCACAAUUUGCAACGUGCCAGUUAAGGCGAAAAUUACAGAAAGUGACCUGAAAGAGAACAAAUUUGGAAACCCGACUAAGACUACUGGUUCACCAGUCUUAAGAUGUUUCGGGAUCUAGAACUGUUCGUGGCAAGCGGCUAAAAUAAAAAGAUUCUAGAGAACUUUAAAACGUUUGAAGGCUACUUUUGAUCGGUCUACUUUAUGACAGUUCACGGUUAAAACAUUUUUACUUUUUAAUGGUUGACGGUGAAAUUUUGCUCGUUUGACCCCAUUGAGACCUUCCUAUGACGUAGUGACUCAUUUAUUUCAUAUUUGAGUGGGUUCGUACCGAUGAAGUCUGGAAAAAUGAUUAAACAUUAAAAUCUCGCGAAGUACUUCAUUGUAGGCUCAUAAGUCCGAAUAAGUAUGUUUUAAUACUGUGUGAAAGCUAUUCUCUUCUCCGCCGGUUCUGACAUAUUUCCGGAUCCUGCCGUUAAUAUUUGUUGAUGAUUCGGAUGUUCGUCAUUUAAUACCUAGAAAGUUCACCUCCCAACGGAAAGAUGUAUUUUUAGUACGCAGUCAUUGUCUUUUAGCGUAAUUGAACACCGUUUUGUUAUCAAAUUCCUUUAAAACCCCGUUCAAUUGUUCGGUGUAGAAGUACGUAUUCCCCGUUCCAAGUCUAAAAAUAUUCAAACCACAAGUGCGGAGUACAGGCGAGGCGAGAUGAAACCUAUCAUAAGUAUCUUCACUUCGCUAAUUCGUUUUCGUCUACGUCACGGCAAGACGAUUGAAGACAAUGACUGCCUAUUAUGUAGAGAAAUCCAUCGGUGAAAGGAAAAGAUCACGAUUUAAAAAACUGAGUCAACCAUUCCUCAAGAUUUAUGUGGUUUUAGAAGUCUAUUUGUCAUGAAAAUUGUCUGUUCCUCUUUCGAGUAAGUUUGACAAGUUUCAAUCAAGAGAAAUUGUAUGGUUUCAUUGUGAUUACUUAACGCUUAUAAUGCAAAUUAUGAUUUCUUUUCGAAUGACCUUAGUGAACUUUUGCCUUCUUUGCUAAUCAAAGAAAACUAGAGAAACACUUUGCGGAUAUAUCUUGCCUUGCUCUCAAUGAAUUAAUGAUCUAACGUCUCGACGUCACCACGUGUCAAACAGAAUUUAGCCUGAGCUUUUUUUAAAUCACACACUUUCUAUGGUUGAGUGGCUUUAGAAAUUCUUGAACAAUUAACUCAAAUAAGGACAUGAUCUAUUCAAAGUUAUAAACGAAAAGACACAAGAAUGGAAAUACUUCACAAGAAGACCCUAUGACGGUACAGACGAAACUACUACAAGACCACAGGCUACACAUUGAAACAGCCUGCCAAAACUUCACGUGCAUAUCUCGUGCUGCACUCACUUAGAAAUGGGGUUUAUUUCAAAUUCAAGUUAUUUCAUGAUGACAAUGAAAAGAACACUAUAGAAGUAAAGGGUAAGAUUGACCAAUCAGAUAACUUUAUAUAGCUUAUUUGAAGCCAAGCGUGAAUAAGUGACAGCUUAAACUGAAAAGAACAUUUUGGAACUUUAAUUCAACGCCCGUCCAAAGUGUUCAGAUUGUUUUUAAAUCCAUCGGUGCAUUUUAGCCUUCAGCUAACAGAAUUUAUGACAGAGGACUCAAACAAACCAGACGUGUCCAGCCAAAAUGUCUCAUCUGUUUAGUGAAGAGACUAAAAGGAGGCUAGAGAUAAAUUUGGUAAGCAUUAAACAGAGAAAGUAACUCUGGGAAUGUUCCGUGUAGAGCAAACGAAAUAUAUUAUGAUUUCAGCGGGGAACAAAAAGGAGGGUUUUAUCGCUUGUCUUCUCUAUGCCUCUUAGCUAAAAAAGAAAACAUAUUGUGUUUCAGGACUGUGGCUAUAUAUUUGUUAAUUUACUGUUGGAAGCACUUAUUUCCACCAGACUCUUUCUAUGAUCGACUGCUAAGGCAGAUAUCACUCAUUGCAUUUGCAAUUUAAAGCACCAAUUGUUCUGCUGUGACACUCAGUCAAGCAGUCAGACCUAAUUAAUUUACAUAUACUAUCUCACGUAGAUUUAAUGUUCAAGUUAAUUCGAGAAACGGUGCCAUUGUUGUGACAUAUAAAAUCUUUUUAGCUGAACCAGAUUGCUUUGCCGUCUAACCUGGAACCGAAUGCACCUUCAAAUCAGAGUCCCAGAUAUUUCACCGCUUCAGAAGUGUUUACCGUCCUUUAUGGCCAGACAACACGAUGGCAGGUGAAUAAAGACGAACUUGGUUCUCAGUCGGCAGGGCGUUUUGUAGCACAAGAAGCGCUCAAUCCAGGUAAUUUUUGUAAACACAUUUUACAACGUUUCGUGCACGGAAAAUGUUUUGCCUAAAAACCAAAAUCAGUCACGCGCGACCUCGCGUCAAGGCGCGUGUUUGUGAGAAUGGACACGCGCGCAUUUUUGAGCAACUUUCUGAUUUACUUUCGUUGGCCUAAGAUUGUCUCUCAGGUAUUUACGGUUUUGGAGAGGACGGCUAUGCCUUUUUGCUUGGCUUUAACAAUUAAUGAUGCGUCCAGCAAUACUGUAUUUCCUCGUCUGCACCUAGCAAUUGAGAAACGAACCAUCGCGUUCUCUCCUUUACGAUCAAAAACAGCAUAUAUUUAUCCUCGAAAAAAUUUGUGCUUGAAAGCAAAACCAUCUAAGCCGUCUAAAUAGUGUCUUGUGUAUAAUCACGUAAGAUGAAACGGGCGGAAGAUAUUUCGCAACAAUAAUUAUCUGAACUGCUAUCCGGUGAGGCUUAGUGAAUAUUGUUAAUUUGUUAUUUGAAGGGCUUGCUUCCGAGAAGAUCAAACAAUUGAGUUUGGCUGCUGCUGAACGGAAAUUGGGUCAUUCAUAAGGCCUCGGUUAAAUAUUAUGCCCUCAAAACCACAGUGGUUGUUUGAAAAAUUAUUCAAUUCUAUGACAAUUACUAACAUCAUAACAAAAUAUUAACAUCUUGACAAGUAUUUUAGCAUUUAGAAACAUUAAUUCGGAAUGAUUGGUAGUGUAUCUAGAUCUGAUGUUUUUCCUAAUUGUGACUUGCAUUGGAAGCGCUCUGUUCACCGUCUGGAUGCCAUAUCUAUGAUGUGUAGUCAUGCAAUUAACUAAAACCCAUUUACAACUGAGUUAUGUCGCACGAAAAUUAGGUCUAGACCGAACGUGACGUAAAUCCAAACAUUUUCGUCAAAAUUGUGCAAUAUUUUCUAGUAUGUACCGCAGAUUUCCGUUCGAAUAGGCGAAAGAAAGCUAAAUUGGUCAUUAUUUCAAUGAGUGCUAUUUGCAAUAACAGUUUUGUGGUCUUUAAAGUUCAUAAUACAACUCCUUAAUAAAUCUUUUCAAUUAAAAAUACGAGACUGGGGGGAUACUAUUCAAUUAAUUAUGAUAAUAACGUACACGGAUGCAUUGCUGUUUAAAGUAAAAAGGUAGAAAAUAUUUAAAAUAUUUUCAUUCCUGAGCUUUUUUUGGUUAUAUCUUAAGAUCGAAUCCUCAAUACACGUUGGCUGUGAAACUUAGCGAAUGCUACAUAAUUCCAUCUUAGGCAUGGAUCAGGGAACUCGUUGAUGUGCAUUGGGAUUAAAAAAACAACCUAUAAUAAAGCUACUGAUCAUCAAGUUCCAUUCUUAAUUUAGUCACAAGAAAUUUGAUUUAAUGAUCUUGAGAAAAGUAUGGAAAAUUUAAGCAAACAAAUCCACAGACUUUUCCACUUACUUGAACUGACAGGCAGCGUCGCGCGAGUGGGCAGAUGGAAUGUUUUAUCUAUUUGAAGCAUUGCUCAGGGCAAAAAAAAUGUGGAGCACAAAGAGAUUUAUUGAAAUUCUAAUUGCCAGAGAUAAUUCUAGUUUUUUAUAAGUAUCUAGCGUAGACAGAACAUGUCAGAGCCUGUACUUUCAUCAAGUACUAUCCACUUAAUCAUGGAAAAGAUAACGACGGAGUUUUAAUAUAACUCAAUCGUCUGAAGUCUGAUUUUGCUAUUAUUACUUACAAAAUGGAUUGUCCAGGUCGUGACGUUGCUUGACGCUAAAUCGAAAAAUAUCUCUCAGUUCUUUUAUAUGGUCAUUGCUGAAUAACCAGAAUAAACCAGUGAUAACGUAGGGGGAAAGCACUAACUGGUCACUCCUGAAAAGAUCAGUGAAAAUAUUCCUAAAGAGGGUCGGAGCAGUUUUAUUGUGAUCACUAAUUUUUCCUUCAGCGUGUGAAGUUUGUCAAACAAUGCCCCCUGGAUCAUGUGCCCUACACAGGCAACCCACUCAGCCGUUGACCGACAGACGUGUGAGCUACGCCGUCAAGUCCUUACCACCGGAAUGCAAGUUUGGAGUCUCCUACUCAGCGGGGGAGGGGUGCGGUGUGUACACCAAUCAGCCCAUCCCUACGGGGACAUGGAUUGGUCCAUUUGAAGGAAGACGAAUUCGUCCAAGCGACGUCACAUCAGAAAUGGAUACGUCACAUAUGUGGGAGGUAAAUUGAAAUAGGAAGUAUGAAAACGCUUGCGAACUUGAGCCUUAUCUCGCACUGUUGAAAGACAGCGGCCAGUUGUUACCGAAAGAAAAAGAACAAUGAUGAGAAAUUCAUUGUAAAAAGGCAAAAUGUAGGAGGCUGACCACUACAGUAAUACAGCCGAACUGGUUUGGGAACAGUUACAUAAAAACCUUGUUUUCCUCAAGAAAACAAGACCAAGACUUAUUGGGAGAGGUCGAGUCCUUCUCGACAGGUUAAAUUUCACAGGUGAAGAGUUAAGGGUUAAGACACUUUUAUUGUAGUUUUCUCCAAUGCCUGCCAAUAAACGAUGAGUCAGGAGGACAAGUCCAGUUUGAACUCUGAACUUUUUCUGGAUAUCAAACAGUUUCCUGGUAAUCGUCAAAGUAAUUUGAGAUGAGAGCACAGGUGUAUCAUAAACCCGUUUGCUAGCCUCCUAAGUGGCCACGAAACACGCACGAGAACGAUACAAAUACGUGCAUAUCUGCAGUUUACUUAAAUUCAAUCAUAAAGGAAGUAAGUUUCUAAAGAAAUUGUGGCGCCGCGUCGGUGGGAGAGUAUAUUAGGGUAAUUUGGUGUUGUCAACUGAGUUGAUAACGUGAGUUGGCCACCGUAACGAGUUUAAAGGCUGACGUUUCGAGCGUUAGCCCCUCGUCAGAGUUAUUCAAUCGCUCUGACGAAGGGCUGACGCUCGAAACGUCAGCCUUUAAACUCUUUACGGUGGCCAAUUUACGUUAUCAACUCAGUUAACAACACCAAAUUACCUUGUUAACUUCAAUCAAUUCCACAGAUAUACGAAGGUUCCACAUUGUCUCACUACAUUGACGGGAGUGACGAGAACUGUUCCAGCUGGAUGCGGUUUAUCCGCUGCGCAAGACAUAAGGGCGAACAGAACCUGUAUGCAUUUCAGUAUAACGGAAACAUUUACUACAGAGCAUUCAAAGAUAUUCCUACAGGCACAGAACUGCUUGUGUGGUAUGACGACAAAUACCCAAUGUACAUGGGCAUUCCGCUCGGGGUACAAGUUAACGCUAUGCCAGGUGGAGCUUCUUCAGGUGAGACAUUGGGUCAAAUCGAUAUUCAAGUAAAGGUAGUAAGUACCUUAUAAGCUUUUCUUCAAUAUCUUGCAUCAGGCCCUUUGCAUCAGUCAGUAAGUGAGUCAAGAUGGAUUUAGUCACAAUAAUAACUAGACCAAUAUUAGUGGAGACCGGAGACAAAUGACUGGCAAAGAUAGAUAGUGGUACUCAUGCGAAGACAGUUAGAUUGAGAAAGAGGCGAGUAAUUAGUGAAUAAGUUGGCUGAAAAUUCCUCAUUAUCACUCUGUAGGCAAAACUGCCAGCCAGCAGUUGAGCUGGUUACCUCCUUAGUUGAUCACUUCAUUAAACCUUGCAGUAAUUGCUUCAUAAGUCGAAUGUGUGUCAGUCAGCUCUUUUGUGAGUCGUUCUGCCAGAAAGUCAGUUAAUUGACAAUCUGUCAGUUAUCCUAUCAGUCAUUGAAUCUACCAUGGGUUCGCUCCGUAAGUCAAUUAGUCAGAAAGUCAGCCAGAUUUCAGACAUUACAAACUAAGCAAUCUUCACAACUUGUCAAUAACUCUUCAUCUACAGCCACGCACGACAGAAAACAAGAAAAAAUGGCGUCGCAACAGCCCAACCGAUCCAUAAACUCGACAUCAUCCCCAUUUAAACCUCAAGACACUACUCGAUAUACCAGAGCAGUCACUAGUUCUCAGUUCCCGCUCAGUACAAGCCCUCUUUGGAGUUCUCAAUGUAUGUAAUUAGACGGAUAAAUGGCUAAUCACCUAAUAAAUGAUGCUAUGUUAGCUUUACGUGACCCAAAAAAGGUGCAAUAGUUACUGCACAUGUUAAAUUUACCAUGAACAGAAAGAGGUAGAAGAUCUAUUGUUAAAUAUCUUUGCACAAACAUUGUUUCAUUUUUUACUUAAGUUACCACAAAACUUAUUUUCAGGUAGGAAAGCUUCGCCACCUGAAGCAAAGAAACUUCCACCACUGAUUCCAACAUACACUUUGCAUCAAAGACGACCGUCGUUAGAAAGCGUACCACGAGACCAGCGAUCUCCCUUGAGAAGUGACGUGGAAAGUGACGUCGGUAACCGUGGCAACAAUAAGAUACCAAGUCCCACCAGCCAAACAAGCGAGUUAACAUCGUGGCGAUGUCAACAGUGCCAUAAGACCUUCACUCAGCGAGUUGCGUUGCAAAUGCACGUGUGUCCAACCCAACCCACCAAACCUUACCAGUGUGGACAGUGCAGUAAGACAUUCACAAACUCCUCAGACCUGCGCGCGCAUGUGAUAUCUCAUACAACAGAGCGGCCGUUCAAGUGCGGCUUUUGCUCACGCACGUUCGUUGGGGCAACAACGCUAAACAAUCACGUGCGGACCCACAUGGGUCAAAAACCGUUCAGCUGCGAGAAGUGCGGCAAGACAUUUUCACAAGCUAUGCACCUCGCGAGACACGCGCGGGAAUCGUGUGACCUUGUGAGUGAAAAAAGUAGAACGGAUACUGUGACUACACAUACGUUGUCAACAUGAACUACGUGAGGUUUUUUUUUUUUUAGUUACAUUUAUAAAAAAAGUUUUUAACUACUAAUUCAGUCGAAAGAAACCACAGUUAAAAUGUAAAAAUGAGAUACUAGAUCAAAAUGGAAAACAAAAAAGUCAGAGAAGUUAAGCUUUUAAACGGAGAAACUGCUCGUAGCGUCCUUGCACAAAAUGCCAGCGCGUUUAUCGAAAGACUUUUUCUAACAAGUGUACAUUUGUGUAUAGUUUAUCAAGGUUCAUAGACAUAUCGCAUUACUAUUUCACAGCGUAGAUAGACAAAGGCAAUAAAGUUAUUUAACAUAUCACAGUGUCUUCUUUGUUGUGAAGGAAGCCUUAUCUGCCCCACGACAGAGCAGAUAAUAGUUGAUAAGUAUAAAUAUUUUCUACAGAGCGGGAGCGGAGGGGGGGGCGUGGAGGGCUGUUGGAAGGACUAGUGGGUGAUCAAGUUCCAACCUUUUACCCAGAUCAUUCAUAUUUAUUGAACUGUACGGCUGUGAGACAUGGGUAUGAGACUAACCAUCUCCGCCCCUUGAAACGUCAGGCUGUCAAUUUCGCUUAUCUAGGUAAGCAUGUUAAUGCGCUGUAUAUUACAUGUGUCUUUCUUUCCCGCCAGUUUUAAUUCACAAGAGGUAAUAAAUCUGCUUCGCUUGACUUAUUUUAUUUCUGACGGCUUCUUUUAUGUACAGCAGCCGUGCUAUUUGCAUUUGGAUAUAUGUGAAAGAGGUCCUUGUCAAAGCUCAACUUGGGCAACUUAAAUGAAAACUGUUCUCUUAAACUUAAUCUGCUGACUUCUUUUUCUAGCAAGCUAUCGAAAUUAUUGCUGUAAGGAGGCAUGAAACAUUGAUAACUUGGGGCCUUCUGCACAACUUAACACACUGGUAUUUUGGAUUCACAAAGUAAUGUCUACCAACAAUAGGAAUUAGGCGAUUGUUCCCUACAGGAUUAAAAAGACUGCAUUCCAUGCCAAAACAUGCAGUGUUUUCUUUUUUAAAUCAUGAAUAAAAAGCUUCUCAGGAAUCUUUCCUUUUGUCUCCUGUUUCCUAAAGAUAUCUCUUGGCCAUUGUUGUCAAAAAUUGACAUUAACUAAUGAGUUCUUCACGGAGCAGUGAGUUCUUUUGCAGCGGACACAAUUCAAAAAGUCAUUUAUAUUUAGAGACACUUUUUACAAAGUAGUCCGGUGUUUUGAUAUUUAAAUAAGAAAUUGAUUGUGCAUAACUUAGAGCGCAAGGAACCGUUCUCCUGUCAAAACUUGACGUAGUGAUGAUAAAUUAUACUAGUAAUGCGUGCCGUUAUCUGUGCACGAAAGGAAACCGUUCUUUAACAAGACAAACGUCAACAGUUUUUAAUGAAUUGUACCGUCGCAGAUUGCUAUGAUAAACAAAAGGGACUGUGAAUAUUUAAAUCCUUUUUCUUCUAAGGGCUCUUUAGAAACAUUACGUUUAGCUUUUAAAAGGAUUACGUAAGAACAUUGUAAAGAUUUCAUUAACUCUGCACUAGCAAUGGUUCCGAAAAGGAUAAUUAGGGUAAUGAAAUUCAAAUUGUGUGAGGGUAAAACAUUUCUAAAAGGAUUUUUCCGUGUAUGAGGGACCUGACGUUUGGAAACUUUUACGAAAAUUCAAGUUAUCAUGGAUUUGAUUCCUUCGUACAUUUGAGCAAAAUUCGAUUACACAUGAUAGAAACAAGAAGACGACUGCUAGCAAGACAGCCGAGUGAAGUAGAACUGUUGUUCUAAACUAAGAAAUGGAAUCAUCAACAAUGAAUAGCCCAAGGAGAUGCUAAAUAAUCAAAAUAAUUACUUAUACGUGACGAACUGUCUGAAAUGCUGUAAACAAAAGGAAGGCAAAUUUUUUGUGUUAGCAUAACUUUCGAAUACAUUACCAGUUUUGGCGCCAAAAAACACAAUUCAGUGCAAGUUAAACUUCUAAAAUUUUCAAGCGAAUUUACCAAUCUUUUCUAACUGCGUCAGAUUGUGAUAAAUUUGAUGGCCGUACUAUUAUGAUUUCAUUCACAUGGAAACAGCUUAAAACCUUUAUUUGGUGUUAAAUAUUGGCUUGAGGGAAAUGGUUGUGGCUCUAAAAUUAUGUAGCUAAUGCAUGCGAAAAUGGCGCGAAAUUAGUGAAACCAGUGGCAUUGUUUUCGAGCCCACCUGUAUUACAUUAUGCAGUUACUCUGUGUGAAAACAAUACUCUCUUCACACGAGGACAUUUAAUUCAAUGGUAUAAAGGGCGUCAAAGUGUUAACUGUCUCUUUAGACAUUAAAUAUCACAAAGUUGAGAAACAGACCGAGGCGCACAUUUGCGGAUUGUCUUGCGCGCGUUCUUGCAAUAAAGACAAACUGAUAGGGUUUUGUAUCACAAGAACUGAGUUGUUGCACAGCGCCUUGGUUAAACCUACAAAAUACUUCAAUUAGAUGGAGCAUGUACACGAGGUAAGAAAUUGCACGAGAUUUUUAUAUGAAUAAGUGUUAAGUUAAAAUACAUAAACAGCACCAUCCCGAAUAUGUCAUUGUUUGAGGAAGUAGGUCCGAUAUGGAUUUGUAUUUCAGUAACUACCGUUUAAACCUGUUAGCUAAUGUCCCAACAGGUUCAUAUCCAUGCCGGUAAAUACCGAGUUUAUAUGGGUCAUUCAAAAACUGACAAUUUAGUUUGGUCAUACAACACUGCGUCAAUGUUUGACAGCUAUUUCCGCUAAAUCUAAGUUUCCAGCUUUGUAAGUAGAAGGAAAUAUAAUAAAAAUUAUGUCUAGAUUUUAAGCAGCCUAAGCUGUUUCUUACCUUAAAUCUUAAAAUAUCUGAUUAAACAUCCUGUCAGUGGAUGCAUUUUAUUUAUUCUUCAAAGAUUUCCAUUUUGUUUUUGAAGGAUAAUUAGUUUUUGAUCACUGAUUGUUACUUGAAGCGAGUUUAUUUACGUGCUAAAGAGUUCCUUCGAAGUCAGUCAAGUGUUUAUUUAUCGUCAUCAUCAUUGUUUUCGUCAUUAUUAUUAGCAUUAUUGAUAACUUAAUUCACACCUAAAGGAAGUUCCCUUCUCAUCCCUUCAAAUAAAGACGAAAUCUUGAAUUUCGACAGAGAAUUUUCUUCCCAUUUUUUCAGAAGAACUACGCUAGUUUCAGUCCUUCUCAAAGAAAUUUGACAGGAAACAGCUUCAGCUAUAAAGAUUUACUUAGCUGUUUGUUCGACAAGAAUAAUAUUCGACCCAUUAACAUCGGACAGGCAGUGGUAACGGAACAAAAAGAUUGCUUCUGUGAGUAUACUGGAGUAAAUGAUUGCCAUUUUCCAAUUUUUAAUUCUUUUUUUAUUUUCAUAUAUUGAUGCAUUAUUAAUAGACAUUUAGCACACAGUCCUUCUUGGAUUUUGAUCUCCCCGAAGUUUUCGUAAAAAUUAGCGUAUGACAGCCUCUCUCUUACAUAUGGUUCACGAUAAAUAAUAGAGAAAACUAUAGAGCAAGGGACUAGAGAAGCGCAAUGGGUCAUGGGAAGAGGGAUGGAAUGCCUUAUUUAGGAACCUUCUUCAACUUGACGCGUUAUUUUUUAGUUUUGCUCUGUGUUUUGUGUGUGUUUUUUGUGCUUUGUUUAUUUUUUUGUUUUUGCUUUUUUUUUUUGUUUUUUUUUUCACACAGGGUAAACUGCUCACACCUAAGGAAUAAUGUAAUUUUUGUGAUUUUAAUCAUUUUUAGGGUGUAACGCAAGUUUAGUAGAAUCAAAGUUUCAAUGUCCUCAACACAAAUUAGAGAGCCCUGGCAUGAAGCCAAAAAAUCAAUUACCACUUGCAAUAAGAUCACUUCCGCCGGAAGUUGGCCUGUGUCGGUCCGGCAUUCCCGGGCCAGGAUAUGGGGUGUGUGCCAAGCGAACAAUACCUAUUGGUGCGUGGAUUGGGCCCUAUGAAGGAAAGUUUGUGAAGCCUGAGGAAAUGUCUCCUACUACUGACACAUCUUACAUGUGGGAGGUAAGACUUCUCAAGGGAAAUACACCAUGAAAAAUAUUUUCAAUGUAAAAUAUUCAAUCGCAAGGUAGACUCAAAACAUUUAUAUAUUUUUUUUGGGGGGGAGGAGGGGUGUUUGCUAAAUAGUACGUAUUUGCAUUUCCCACUAGAUCUACAGAGACGGCAUACUAGCAGGAUACAUUGAUGGCAGUGAUGAAAAUUAUUCCAGCUGGAUGCGUUUUAUCCGCAGUGCACGACACAAAGGAGAACAAAACAUGUUUGCUUUCCAAUACCUGGGUAAGGUGUUUUAUCGCACAUUCAAGACCAUCAAGCCAGGAGAAGAAAUGCUGGUGUGGUACGAUGACAAAUAUCCACAAUACCUUGGUAUCCCCUCUACUAUGUUUGACAUGGGUGCUGUUAUACCAAGUGGUAAGUGAUCCUUUUUCCUCUGACGUUCAAAUAUUCUUUGUGAAAAUAAACCAAAACAAACUAACAACAACCGCUGAGUCCUGAAUCGGACUCGAAUACGAGAAUUACACGAGGUAUGUCACCAUUCUUGGUACUCUGCGUAACUUUCAAAGGAGGAGUGUGAGUAUUUUCAAAUUAAAUUCAGACACAAUUAAGAUGGCCAGCCUAAGGCACUUCCAGACAGUCCCUUGCUGAUUUUGGGCUAAAUUCGUGAAAGAGAUACCUGCAAUUUAACGGAUAUCCUGAAGUAACAAAUGACGGAAAAUAAAACAAACGUUAUUCCAACUGUAGUGGGAGAUGUAGCUGAGGAGUUGAAGCGCAUGUGAUGAUACUUCAAGGUCUAUAAAGUGACGUCAACCUAGUUGCGAUCACCUUGAAAUCUAGAGUUAGCCUAAGGGAAGUGUUUUAAAGGUUUCAAAGGGGAUCCUGUGAUAGAUAAAAGCAGUUUACCUCUGGUAAAGAAAGCGUUAAAGGUUGUAAUUAUUGUAUACAAAGAAGGUAGAGCUUAGUUUGGCUUAUGGUGAUGUGAAAGUUUUCAGCUGCUAACCCUGCAGUUUAUAUUUCUUGUUAGGUGCUAGCUCUCAAUCUGAUGAAGUGAUUGUUGUCUCUCCACACGCAACAAACCAGCAGUUCGACCCCAGUCCACAAAGUUCAUUCUUUCCCAGCCCUCCUCCUUCGCCUGUUUCUCAUCCUAGGAGCCAAUUUGGAUAUAAUCCAGUUUCUCGAAAAGGAAAGUGCUCUCCUAUACGUAAAACCUGCGUUGAAAAGCUUCCCUCUCCUAAGAAGCAAGGCACGAUGAAACUUGUGUCAAACAUGAAGUCCGUCUUUGAGAAUGGUUUUAGUCCGCUGAAAGGGAAUAGGGCUGAUGAAGUAACAGAGGUAAAGCCAGAGCGUUCUGAAUUAUUUAAAUCACUCUCAUUGCCAAGAGAUGAAUUAAAUUUUGCUGAAAAGGCGACAGCAAUAGUAAAUCACAAAUCCAGGGCUACAGGGCUUAGCGUAAGGACAGCUCCAACUUUUCCAGAAAUGUCUGUGAACCAGAAAGCAAUUGGUACCCAGGUUCCACCAAAUCCUUACCAGUGCGGUCACUGCCCAGCCCAUUUUAACAAUGUCUGUGAAUUGCGAGCGCAUGCUGUCAUCCAUGUCAGCAAGAAACCCUUCAAGUGCGGAUACUGCUCACGAUCUUUCACUGGGGCAACCACUUUGAACAAUCACAUUCGAUCUCAUGUUGGAGGCCGAUUGCUGGCCACUAGAAAACGUCUUCUCCAGGGUGAGGAAGUGUGAAUUCAUUCGUAGUGACAAAUUAAAAAACAGAAUGAAAGCAGGACUUCGUGUCACAUCAAAUGCACAGCUCCAACGAUUGUUAGCCACUGGAAAACGUCUUCUCUAGGGUGAGGAAGUGUGAAUUCCCUCAUAAUGACAAAUUAAGGAACAGAAUGAAAGCAGGACUUCAUGUAACAUCAAAUGCACAAUGACCCAACAGGCAAGAAAAACGUGAAGAACCGCAGUUGUAUUAGCGCUAAGUUUGCAAAAAUCAUACAAUUGAAUGUAUCACGCGAAAUAACGCCUAUUCAAACUUUUCAGUUGGACUUCAUUCUUAAUGGGAAAAAUGCUGCGCAAAUACCUUUUAAAGCAGAUUUAAAUUUGAAUCAUACCGAUUGGAGACAAACCACCAUGAGUGUUGAGCAAGACUCGGACUAAUACGCCUUCCCUCUAGUAUUCACUUAUGUUUCUCUUUUCCUGCAACAACACAAUGGUGUUUGGAACAUGUAAAGGAAUGUCCCCUUUCAAUUUAUUUAUCAACAGAAGAGAAUAAGACAGACUACUGAUAUUGUAUCAAAACCCUGUACUGUUUGAAGACGUGACUUACCACGACCAUUAUAACUUAUUACAGAAACUUAAUAUUCAUUGUUGUGGCGUGGACAUUACGUAAACGAUAAAAACAACAAUCCUGUACAAAAUGAGCCAUAAAGAGAAAAUGAGAUUGCAAGAGUAAAUCAUUCAGAGUCUUCCACGUAUUCAUAUCAUUGUUUUGUACGGCUUAAAACUGCAAGGCUCAAGAGAAAUAUCUGGCAACACUGUUAGAACCGACCGUUUGACCAUCUGCUUGUAAUUAUUUAUAAGUUUGAGUAAAUUUCACCUUUUAUGAGCCCCUCAGACAUUCUGGAGUAAUAAAGACCUGAAGGGCUUCCAAACCACAGUGUUACAGAAGAGGUGUCAGGUUCAAUAAACAUCCGGUAAUAGGCUUUCUUCUCCAUGCUUCCUCAUGAUCUUGAAGUGCUGUAUAAUUAAUCAUGCAGCUUUCAUUUGUGAGAUCUACACGCCAAUCAAUUGUCAUUGACUCUCUCAUUGGGUUAGAAAAAUAAAGAAGCUUUGAAAAAAAUUUAAUUUCUCAAAUUCCCUGAUAUGGAAUCCAGCAUACUUGAACUCUGAUCUCUACGCAGAGCUAAGAAAGCUGUCAUAGAAAUACACACAAGAUUUAACUCUGUAAUUAACUUAAAUUUUCAUCAAGGAAUAUCAUUUAUGCAGCGAAACCCUUUCGAACAAUGCGCAGGUGAAAGUGACGUCGCUCGUAUGUCAAUCAAAUGUUGGCAUUUCUAUUGAGCCAGUAUGAGUGGCCGAGCACACCUUAAUCAGUCUCCCAUGAAAGCAACGAAGAGUUUCUUGCACGAAACAGGCGUUGUUGCUAGUUUUUGCAGCAGUUUCCUUGAAAUAUGCCUUGGAACUAAAUACCUUUAAGGUUAUACUUUAGGCCUCCGUAACCCCAGCUAGGCGAUCCGCAGGUAAGGCAAUGUUUUGGGAACUGACUUGUUGAUGUAAUGUAAAUAAAAUUUGUUAACGGUUUGCUUAUAUAACUUCUGAUGAGAGGUGCAUAUUAAUAGACACAGAAACCAAAUAACGUGUUCUGGAAGACCUAAAAUGUUUACCUAAGGCUUGUCUGUUUGUUGUAAUAGCCAAUUGAUGUUUCAGAUGGUUAUAAAUAUCAUUGCUCUCAGCAGAUCUAGAAACUUUUGUUCAUAACAGCAUUAUUUAAAAAUAAUACUAAUCGAUAGCAAUAAUAAAAAAGUGGCAGAAAACUGAUCAUAAUUAAUUCGUGUUUUCAGCAGGUAAGUAAUCGAAUUCGUUCAAAAAAAUCUCCGUUUAAUCAAAUGUACCUCAAUUUGAAAUGUUCCUUGAGAUUGUUCAUUUGGAUUCAAAGUUGUGGAAGUUCUCACGCAAAAUUUGCAUCUCCAAGUUCCGCUUGAUUAGUUAAAAAACACAAGACUCGCCAAAUCUUCUGCGCAGCAGAUCCGAUCUCGUGUCACCACAAAAAGAUCACUCAAACUUCAAGUGAUUUAUCUUUAUGAACUGCAAUGGUAUAAUGUUUUCCAACUGCCUACGCAUAACCUUCUAGAUAAACUUCUGUCGAAAGUAGCAGCUGGAGUUGAUCGAGCGAAGAAAAAACAAUGAAGAUGAGCAAAAGGAACUCUAUUCACAGGGAUAAACACCAAAAGAAUGCAUUUAUGGACGAUUUCUCAGCCCAAAUUUGACCUUAACCAUAAAAUAACUUUGGUACUUGCUAAAAAUAAAUUCAGGCUAACGGUCAUCUCUUGGCCAUAGUCACGGUGUAAGUGUUCAUUACGUCACAAGGUCGUCAAAGUCGUUCAAGUCAAAACAAAGUAAUCACACAUUGGAAACCUUAUUGAAUCUUAGCAACUCGAAAAUAUUUUGUGGUGAUUGUUGUGAUUUCAACCACAGUGGUAACCCGCGCUAUCAUCUUUGUCAAAAUGGUACUAAUCUUAAUUUAGUUUAAUCUGGUCUUGGCGCGUAUUGCGUAAAAUCAAAGUAUUUUCUUCACCUGAAUUCCCUUGGGUUAUUUCAAUCGAUUUUGCGGGGAGCAGCGAUGGAUGACAAGGUGUUAUAUAAGUGUACUUGCACUUGAGUCCUGCGUCUCUUUUGUGAUAAAUCGAUUUACCGUUUGAAUUUCAGAUGAGUAACGCAGGCAUUUCAAGACCUAAAUCCGCAAGUGAACACACAUUAUCAUCUCGAACGCCGAGAAGAGUUCGCUCACAUGCCGCGGAUGUCAACCUCUGUAGCAUAGAGGAUCUUCAUCAAUGUUUAUACCAGCGAAAUCAAGUCAUUUCUGUGAGCACGGACGAUUUUAGAAGUUCAGGUCUACACAAAGAAGAAGCGAUCCGCUACUGUAAGUCGCCAUUUUGUCAAAUGUUUGCCAAAGUUAUUUUUAACGAAUAUUUCCGUAACCACGGUUUCGCGGGUUUACAUCGGUAUUGUUAAAACAACUCUGUGGUUUGCAGUUUAAUUUUUCCUGUGAUAGAAACUAACUGUGCUUAAAUUUCUUGUAGAGUCAUAACUUGUGGAUAAAGAUUUAUUUAAGUUGUUCAUGAGUGUUCUCAGAAGGUAACCAGGUGGCGUUCAUUUUGCCUCAUAUUUUCGGGGUGAAUUGAACAAUUCGCCGGGACAAAUAUACAAUACCAAACACAACUUUGAAACAUUCAUCCAACACAUUAUGAAUUACUUUCGCGAAAUUCACUCAUCCACCGCAAUUGCGAAUGAUCCUGAACAACAGGAAAUUAAAAGAAACUGUGUACCUUCAGUUGCUGUUUAAAAUUAACUGACCGUUAACAAGCACUAAAGCUUUCGGCCGAGUUUUCGCUGUUAAGCGAAAGAGGGAUGACUUGAACGAUUCUGGGCACACGCUCGAAAUGCAAAUGCCAACGAAGUCUCGAGGUCUGCACAAUUUUUUCGUACCUCAGAAAAAUUGAAAACUGUAUUAAGCAAGGUGCAGUCUUUCGUGUUGAAAUAACAAAAGAAUGAGGCAUAUGUUUAGCUAAAUUUAGAUAUCAUCAUCCGAUAUUUUUAGACAGAUUAUGGUGUUAUUUAUCUGUUCAGUUUGGUUGUUUGAAAUUUGUAGCUCGCAUAAUAUGUCAUUGUAUACGAAGAAAAGGUUCGUCGUCAACUUGACCAGAAGUCGGCUUUCACUUUACGGCGAAGGGCGCCUCUCACGGGUUAUUACUAGUAAUUAUCUUGAAGUCUAAAGAACUUAUAUCAUUCAGCAGGGUUUGGUCGACGCUAAAAUGGAACCUGAAAUUUGCGCAUCUAUCAAAGUGAAACGAAAAAGCUCGAAAAAGAACUUCAGUUUGCUCAAAAUGAAGUUUUUAUCAAGAGGAGCCUUCCAGCACCCCAGUUAUUCGCUUGUUUUUUGCUGUCAAGUUGCAACAACAGUUAUUAUAAUCUGGAACCAAAGAACUUUUAUGAGUUAUAAAUGCUGGUUUAGCCAUUGUUAUCAUAAGCAGAUCAAACCGUUCCUCUUAUUUCUUAGAGCAGUAGCUGUGUCGUGGUUAAUAGCUUCAUAUAGUCACUUCUUCACACGUGCCGCGGUUCGUUUGCCUCUAAAUCGGGUCAAUUUAACAAAUAGAUUCCAAGUUGCCGUCCGUCUGUUCAAUAAUAGAUCACAGAUGACGUCAAAAUGUGGUAACAAAAAAGUGGCACACGAGGCGCAGCCGAGUGUGUCACUUAUGUUCUUACCACAUUUUGACGUCCUCUGUGAUUUAUUACUGAGAUAUAUAUAUAAGUGAGAACCAAUUUGAAUACGUACAUAACUAAGCUUAUUAUAUAAUGUUAGGUUACUUGAAGUUCAAAAACAUAAGGUUAUAAAUAGCUCCACUCAAUUCACGUCGUUUUUUUAUCCUUGUCAGUGAAAUAGGCUAACACCCAUUUUAGGAUUCGUUAGAAUCAAAUCGGAUGAAAAAUACUGAUGACUUUCUUUACAAUGUUUCAAAAAUCUUUUGUCAAACGAAGUGUUUUGCCAUAUUCCAAAUGAAAAACAGUUACAUAAUCGAGUUGACAACGCACGCGCUAUCUUUCAAACAUAUCAUACCCACUCUCCCCUCCCCUAGGGUGUAAAGGAUGUCAUCUGGAACGGACUGAGCCAUGUCAGCUCCAUGGUCCUCAACUGUCAUUCCGACUGACAAGUAAAGUCAAAAACAACAAUGACACAAACAAUAACAUCGUAAAAUUGCCGAAUGCGAUCGAAUCGUUUCCAAAUGAGGUGGGUUUGUGCAUUUCCAGCAUUCCUGGGGCAGGUUAUGGAGUCUGCGCAAAACAGAUCAUUCCAGUGGGCACGUGGAUUGGACCAUACGAGGGGGAACUGGUGCGGCCUGAGGAGGUGGUACUGGGGUCUGAUGCGUCAUAUAUGUGGGAGGUAGAUUUGGUUUUAUCUACGAUUUUCAUGUAAAGAUUGAAUGAUAAGUAUCUAUAUUCAGAGUCAUCCUCGUGAAACAUUUUGUAAAUUAUCCUUUGAGGUUUGCGUUAAAUCACAGGCUGAAAUAGGGCGAUCCACACAACUGAUUUUAAUUGAAGCGUUUCCCAGUGAUUAUUUUAUACUUUUUGCCGAAGUACGAAUUAAAAAAAUAACCAUAAAUAUAUAUCGGAGAACACACACAGGGUAAGGGUUGCAGAUAAGUAGAUAUAUUUAAAUUCAGAAAUUUUCAAAUCUGCAAAAUAUAUUUGGCAGUGUAACCGAUUAAGCCUCCGAGAAAUCAAGUGCUAACUUAUUUUCAGUUCUUAAGCUAAUUCUAUUCGUCUUAUCGCUCUCUUUUCAAAAGAUAUUUCACGAGGGAAAGUUACUUUAUUACAUUGACGGACGCGAUGAGAACAAGUCCAGUUGGAUGAGAUACAUCAGAUGUGCAAGGAAUGGAACCGAGCAAAACAUGUACGCCUUUCAGUACUGUGGUAACAUUUAUUACAGAGCUUUCAAGGACAUUCCUCCGGGAGGUGAACUGCUGGUUUGGUAUGACGAGAAGUACCCGCAAUAUAUGGGCAUCCCUCUCGAAAUAUAUGAAAUUUCCCUCAAUAAUCCUGUUGGUAAGUAAAGUCACUAUAAUAGCAAUCAUUCUUAGUCCGCUACCAACAUAAAUAAUUUCCAAAGAAUUAUUUUGCUGGAUGUGGAGAAAUUGUACCCAUUUUAAGUGAAGUCCUGUAUUACGUCUUCAUCAUCAUCCGGUCUCUACUCCGAGAUUUUCCUGUCCCAAUAAAAUGUAACUUCAAUUUAUAAAGUUAAGUAACGGAUGGUUUAACGCGUAUAACUGGCAUUGAUGAGACAUAUAUUUCUAAUUUUCAUUUUGAAAAGUUGUUUCCUGAAAAUGAAAAAUACCCUGUUAACUCGUCGAAAUACAGUAACUCUCCUCCCCCCCACGCGGUUUUCAGACAAACUAUUUUGUUCUUGAUAUAGAUGAAAGACAACAUCCCGAAAUGGUAGUUGUAAUACCAUAUGAUAAUUCCAAUCCAGGCUCCUCCCAUUUAAAUCAGUCUUCAUCCAGUCCUUGGAAAGAUAAUCUUCAAUUUACAACCGGAGUCAGAUCCACGCUACCGUCACGUGAUCAAUCUGGUGUCAAACGCCGCUUAACUCAAAGCACCUCUAUCAGAGGCGACAGUUUACGUGCAUCAGCUGAAGAAUACAUACGCGUCCGCCAUGUUUCCUGGACAGCCGAUGGUGCGCCAUUACAAAACAGUGUGCAAAUGAUUGAAAAUUCUCCUUCUUCGGAGGACGCGCGAUUUCUUCAUAAAGGUCCAGUUAAACCUUUUGGAUUAAACAGCGGACAUACGCAAACGAUUCAAAACGACAGCUAUCAUGACACCAUGUCUUCUGGAGGUCUAUACAGUAACGGCUCAAAAAUCGCGCCGUCAAAAAUAGGCGAGAGGCAUGCGCAGUUACGGUCUGUUGAUGAAGAUGAAAACAGUUCGGAUGGUUCCGAUGCGAACCUUUUCAACUGUGGUCAGUGUGGGAAAUCGUUUGCCCAACGCUCGGUGCUUCAAAUUCACGUAUGCCCCAACAUGCCACGCAAGCCCUAUCACUGUGGACAGUGCUCUCAGACAUUUGAUUAUCCAAACGAGCUGCGCACGCACGCUGUCGUUCAUGUGGGUGAGAAACCAUUCAAGUGCGGUUAUUGUUCACGAUCAUUCGCGGGCGCAACAACUCUUCAUAACCACGUGCGCACGCACACCGGUGAAAAACCUUUUUCAUGCGUGAGAUGUGGAAAAAACUUUACUCAGGCCUCCCAGCUUCACAAGCACGAGAAUAUACCUGGAGAUUGUGUUCCCUAUGACGGCCUGCCUGACUAAAGGAUUUCUAGUAAUCUGGCUCUCUUUUUAGGAAACUUGUGAUUGUUAACUAUAUGUAACGGUUUAUAGUUGACAAGCUAAUCAAGUGAUUUCGCAAAAAAAAGAAUCGAUUCAAAGCAUGCUUAGAGAAAGAUUUUUUGCGACAGUGGUAAAAAAAAAGAUAUCUCGUUGCAAUUUAAAAAAAUUGUGGAUCCAUCCAUUUCUUUUACAAGCAUUUAGAAUCCAGAAUAACUUCGUUCUUCUCAAAUCAGAUGGAGGAAGCCUUUUCUUGUGUUAUUGCUCAAGGAUGGCAAUAACGUCAUUAAACUACAUAUUUUUUUCAUCGUUACAUUUGCAACGCACACCUCAAUGGCUUUUAUUAUAAGUAAACUUUUUAACAUUAGCAACAAAUAAAAAGACCUUUUAGCUGUUAGGGACAUUUUCUUCAAGAUAUAUUUUAAUGAAUAAAACAGAGGUGAGCAUUUGAGUAAAAGUUGCCUUGAAAUUCAGCAACGAUACAAGUUACGAAAAGUUGCACUUAUAACGAACAGAAGCACAUAAGUCAUGCGCGUUUGACCCCACAUGUUAAUUUAUUAUGUUAUUACUUUUAAUAAAUACGCGCAAAAAAGUCUACACAAAGGCAACUAAGUUAUGGAAGUUGGAAAUCGUUAUCGGAAAAAGUGACGAAUAUCACCUGAAGCGGGGGCUGAUGAUGGCGCACUUCCGUUUCCGUUAUGUUUCAAUUUAGCCAAAAAAGAUUGCGCAUCUGAGAAUGUUUUAAGGAGUUUUGAGUGGCUACUUGCGAUUUCCUCAACCUUUUCU